UACCACCUCCUACUUCCCCUCCCACCGUCUCGGGUGCGCGUCAUGGCUGCCGCCGCCGCUCUGGAGGCGGCGGCGUCGCCUACGGGCGCCCUGUGGGGCCUCGUGCAAGACUUCGUCAUGGGUCAGCAGGAGGGUCCCGCUGACCAGGUGGCUGCAGAUGUGAAAUCUGGCAGCUAUACAGUGUUACAAGUGGUGGAAGCCCUUGGAUCCUCUCUAGAGAAUCCAGAACCCCGAACUCGGGCACGAGGGAUCCAACUUUUGUCACAGGUGCUACUCCAGUGCCACUCAUUGCUCCUGGAAAAGGAAGUGGUACAUCUGAUCCUGUUCUAUGAGAACCGACUGAAGGACCAUCAUCUUGUGAUCCCUUCUGUCCUGCAGGGUUUGAGGGCACUUAGCCUGUGUGUGGCCCUGCCUCCUGGGCUCGCUGUGUCUGUGCUUAAAGCCAUCUUCCAGGAAGUACAUGUACAGUCCCUGCUCCAGGUAGACCGACACACAGUCUACAGUAUCAUCACCAACUUCAUGCGAACCCGGGAAGAAGAGCUAAAGGGCCUAGGAGCUGACUUCACAUUUGGCUUCAUCCAGGUGAUGGAUGGGGAAAAGGAUCCCCGUAAUCUUCUGGUGGCUUUCCGCAUCGUCCAUGAUCUCAUUUCCAAGGACUAUAGCCUGGGACCCUUUGUAGAAGAGUUAUUUGAAGUGACAUCCUGUUAUUUCCCUAUUGAUUUUACUCCUCCACCUAAUGAUCCCCAUGGUAUCCAGAGAGAAGAUCUGAUCCUCAGUCUUCGAGCUGUGCUGGCUUCUACACCACGAUUUGCAGAAUUCCUACUGCCCCUGCUGAUUGAGAAAGUAGAUUCCGAAAUUCUGAGUGCCAAGCUGGAUUCUCUGCAGACUCUGAAUGCUUGCUGUGCUGUGUAUGGACAGAAAGAACUGAAGGACUUCCUUCCCAGCCUUUGGGCUUCUAUCCGUAGAGAGGUGUUCCAGACGGCCAGCGAGCGGGUGGAGACAGAAGGCCUGGCAGCCCUCCUCUCCCUGACAGCGUGUUUGUCUCGCUCUGUGCUGAGGGCUGAUGCUGAGGACCUCCUUGACUCCUUCCUUAGCAACAUUCUACAGGACUGCAGGCACCAUCUGUGUGAACCAGAUAUGAAACUGGUGUGGCCUAGUGCCAAGCUGUUGCAGGCAGCUGCAGGUGCAUCUGCUCGGGCCUGUGACCACAUCACCAGCAGCGUGCUGCCUCUACUGUUGGAUCAGUUCCACAAGCAUAGUCAGAGCAACCAGCGGCGGACAAUCCUUGAAAUGAUCCUGGGUUUCUUGAAACUGCAGCAGAAAUGGAGCUAUGAGGACAAAGAUGAAAACCCUCUGAGUGGCUUUAAGGACCAGCUUUGCUCACUGGUGUUCAUGGCCUUAACAGAUCCCAGCAUUCAGCCUCAACUUGUUGGCAUCCGUACACUGACAGUGUUGGGUACCCAGCCAGGUCUCCUAUCUACUGGGGACUUGGAGCUGGCGGUGGGUCACCUGUACAGGCUGAGCUUCCUGGAGGAGGAUUCCCAGAGUUGGGAAGGUGGGCUCUGUGUUUGGCUCUGGCUGCUAACCGGUUGGAGAGAUGUGGGACUGCUCUCUCUUUUCUUGGGCAUUAAGAAGCCCUGUCCAACUCAGUGGUGUAGGGUGGCAGCACUGGAAGCUUCAGGAGCCCUAGCUGCUCUCUACCCUGUGGCCUUCAUCAGCCACCUGAUACCCAAGCUUGCUGAAGAACUGCGCAGAGAGGAGUCAGAUUUGGCUAGAGGGGAUGAGCCUACCAAAUGCUCCCGGCAUUUGCGCUGUCUGCAAGCUUUGUCAGCUGUUUCAACACAUCCCAGCAUUGUCAAGGAGACUCUGCCUUUGCUGCUGCAGCAUCUCUGGCAGGCUAACAAAGGGAAUGUGGUUGCAGGAUCCACUGAAGUUAUUGCUAUCUGCCAGAGUCUCCAGCGGGUGGCAGAAAAAUGCCAGCAGGACCUGGAGAGCUACUGGUAUUUCCAUGAAACCGCUGUACCCUGCCUGCUUGCUUUGGCUGUGCAGGCUUCCAUGCCAGAGAAAGAACCCUCAGUUCUCAGAAAAGUGCUGUUGGAAGAUGAGGCCUUGGCUGCCAUGGUGUCUGUCAUUGGCACCGCCACCACCCACCUGAGCCCUGAGUUAGCUGCCCAGAGUGUCACCCACAUUGUGCCUCUCUUCUUGGAUGGCAACACCUCCUUUCUGCCUGAAAACAGCUUCCCAAGCAGAUUCCAGCCGUUCCAGGAUGGCUCCUCAGGGCAGAGGCGGCUGAUUGCACUGCUUAUGGCCUUUGUCUGCUCCCUGCCACGAAAUGUGGAAAUCCCUCAGCUGAACCAACUCAUGAGGGAGCUUUUGGAGCUGAGCUGCUGCCAUGGCUGCACCUUCUCCUCCACUGCUGCUGCCAAGUGUUUUGCAGGACUCCUCAAUAAACAUCCUGCAGGGCAGCAGCUGGAUGAAUUCCUCCAGCUGGCUGUGGACACAGUAGAAAAUGGCCUGGGCUCCAAGGCUUCCCGGAGUCAGGCCUUCACAUUACUGCUCUGGGUAACAAAGGCCCUUGUACUCAGAUACCAUCCUCUCAGUUCCUGCCUUACUGCCCGGCUCAUGGGCCUCCUGAGUGACCCAGAACUAGGCCCAGCAGCAGCUGAUGGCUUUUCACUGCUCAUGUCUGACUGUACUGAUGUGCUGACUCGAGCUGGCCAUGCUGAAGUACGGAUCAUGUUCCGUCAACGUUUCUUCACAGAUAAUGUGCCUGCUUUGGUCCAAGGCUUCCAUGCCGCUCCUCAAGAUGUGAAGCCAAACUACCUGAAGGGUCUGUCUCACGUACUCAAUAGAUUGCCCAAACCUGUGCUUUUGCCAGAGCUGCCCACACUUCUUUCCUUGCUGUUGGAGGCCCUAUCAUGCCCUGACUCUGUGGUUCAGCUGUCCACCCUCAGCUGUCUUCAGCCUCUUCUACUGGAAGCACCCCAAGUCAUGAGUCUUCACGUUGAUACCCUGGUCACCAAGUUUCUGAACCUCAGUUCCAGUCCUUCCAUGGCUGUCCGGAUUGCUGCGCUGCAGUGUAUGCAUGCUCUCACUCACCUGCCCACUCCUGUGCUGCUGCCAUAUAAACCACAGGUGAUCCGGGCAUUAGCCAAACCCCUGGAUGAUAAGAAGAGACUAGUGCGAAAGGAAGCUGUGUCAGCCAGGGGAGAAUGGUUUCUGCUGGGAAGCCCUGGCAGCUGAGCCCUUAUUUCUGGCCUAGACUCUUCUGACAAUCUAACCUGGAAUUAUUAACUCACUCUCGAGCCAUCUUACCCAAGGCAAGACCACUAGCCUCUGCCUGCAUUUCCUACAGACACAGCACAAGUGCUAGAUCUCUGCUGCAUGGCUAAACAAGAAAAACCGGAGUCCUAAUUUCUAAUGGAUUUGUGAAGUACCUGAGCGAGUCUACUUGUUUUUGAAGGAAGAUCUUGGGCUAUUGGGCUCUUCUGUUAUAUUUCACGUCAGGAAAAGGGAGCUGUGCUGCUGAAGGAUGAGUGCAGAUGACUGUGGCCCUGAAGACCAGGGAUAAUGGAUGAUAGUGGACAUGUGUGUACCUGCUGGAGAAUAAAGAUUUCUUUUGGUAAUGGU